AUGUCACCAGCCGCCAAGAUACCCGUUAUCGACGUCUCCUCUGCCAGUCAUGACGAGCAGGCCAAAGUAGCCAAGGAGCUGGUGGAGGCUGCCAUCGAGCACGGCUUCGUCUAUAUCCGGAACAGAGGGGCUGAUAUCCCUGUGGAUGCUGUCGAAAAUGCAUUCCAUCUGGGUAAUAAGAUCUUCAGUGCGCCAGUGGAGGAAAAAGAGAAGUGCACGAUCCAGAAGGACAACCGUGGCUGGUCGGGUAUGAACUAUGAGACCCUGGAUCCUAAAAACCAAAGAGUCGGCGAUUUCAAGGAAGCAUUCAACUUUGGCCAAUUCGUGAAUGGAAAGGCUCAACAGCCCUUGCCAGAGAGCUUCGUACCAUAUGAGAGCCAGGUAGAGGUUUUCUAUGACUACUGCUACAACCUCUCCCUGAAGAUCAACCAUCUCCUCGGGAUCGGUCUCGGGGUGUCCCCACCCACCUUCUUCCGGGACCGUCACCUCCGCGAACGCGGCUCCUCAGGUAACACGCUGCGUUUUCUCUACUACCCCCCUUUAUCCUCUCUCGCCUCCUCCGCCGCGGCCGACCUCAGCAGCGCAACAGCCGAGGAUGUAAGAGCAGGCGCCCACUCAGACUACGGCAGCAUAACUCUCCUCUUCCGCCUGCGAGGCCAGGCCGGCCUGGAGGUCGACACCGGCAACGGCACCUGGGCCCCGGUGCCCGUCACCCCGCCCGGCACAGAGGACGACCCAGCCCCGCCCAUCCUCGUCAACAUCGGCGACCUGCUGUCUUACUGGACCAACGGCCUGCUGCGGAGCACCGUGCACCGCGUCGUCUUCCCCUCCCCAGGCAGUUCCGGCAACAACGUGGUCAGCGGUGAGACCGGCGACAGCCCCAGGUACAGUAUCGCUUUCUUCUGUCACCCCGUCGGAUCCACGACGCUCGAGCCCGUGCCUAGUGAACGGGUGAGGAAUCACAAGCCUGAGAACGGGUUUGAGAGAGGGGGCAAUCCGGAUGCCGAGAGGAAGGCCAUCACGGCGGAUCAGCACCUGCAGAUGAGGCUGCAGGCGAGUUAUCUGCAGCUGUACGAAAAGGACGGGAAGAAAUGA